CGUUCCGCAUCCAAAUAGAAGUUCGAACGCUGCUUGGAAAUGUCGCGUCUGGUUAAACUAACUGCUCUGCUGGUGCUGGGACUUGUGUGCCUGGGAGCUGCCUCGGCCAAGCCGCAUGAGGAAAUGACCAAGGAUCAUGCCACAGAGCUGGCCAACGAGUGCAAGGCGGAGACGGGAGCCACUGAUGAGGAUGUGGAGAAGAUGAUGAAGCACGAGGAGCCCGAGAGGCACGAGGCCAAGUGCCUGCGCGCCUGUGUGAUGAAGAAGUUCCAGAUUAUGACUGAGGACGGGAAACUGAGCAAGGAGCAUGCCAUGGAGAUGGUCAAGGCCAUUAGCAAGCACGAUGCGGAGAAGGAGGCUGCUCCCGCUGAGGUGGUGGACAAGUGCGAGGCCCUUGUGGCCCCCGAGGAUCACUGCGAGGCAGCCGUGGCCUACGAGGGCUGCAUCUAUGAGCAGAUGAAGGAGCACGGCCUGGAGCUGGAGGAGCACUAAACAACAAGGAUACAAACCAACCCGCGAACCCUUUGCAGAACCACAAGCGCCCCCCUGGAAUAUAAGUCUAUGUAUUUUUUUUUUUCAUUUGUAAACUAUGACUAGUCUUUAAGAAACUGAUAAACCUGAGCAACUGCAAAA